GUCUGCCGGACCGGCAGCAGAACUGGUCGCACUACGUCCUGUGGAGCGAGAAGUUUGGUGAUGUUACCGGGGAGGUGGUGGAGAUCAAGAAAGAGGACUGGAUCAUGAUGGACCUGCCAGACGUGCGUAUCAAGAACCUCACGAUCUACGGCAAGCUGUCUUUCGACGACAGCGAAGAUCGUUAUCUCGUGACAG